GUGGCGUUUACGUCUUUUCAACAAACUUCCACUGAACAAAGGCGAAAAUCCUGCAACAUGGGAAGGCAGUAAAGAAAUAUCGAACUAAAGAAGAACAAAGCUUCUUUUCUUUCAUGGCGUGCUAAAGAACAAAAAAAAAAAAAACCAUUCCCCAAAAAAAAAAAGAAAAAGGAAAUGGGUUUCAUGAUAGGGAGUUCUUGUUAUUUGCAAGCUCCCGUUUCCAAUUCUCAAGUACGGUUCCCAUCUUCUUUAUCCGUUUCCUUUAAUAUCAGAAAUGGAGAAACCAAGAGGAAGAGGUGGAAGACGAGAAAUUUCAGGCCUCCAAUGGCUUGCUUGACCCAUGAAGACCCAAACGAUGACGUUUCCGGCAAGAGGAGGGCUGUUCUUCUUGUGGGUAUUUCAAUCCUUCCUUUAUUGCAACUUAGAUCCCAAGCUCUUGAAGGCUCCACCUUAAGGAGAGAGAGGCCGAGAAAGAGUAAAAGUCUAGAAGAAGGAACUAGAGAGCUGCCGACGGAAGUUGCUACUGGUAAAAGCACUGAAGAAAGUGACGUAAACAAACCUGAGGAAAGCCAAAUUACUGUAUUUGAGCUGAAUAAACCAGAGGAAAGCCGAAAGCUGGAGGAAUCAUGGGGAGAUUCACGAUCUAACCCCUUUCUGUCCCUCCUAAAUGGUCUUGGAGUAUUUGGUGCCAGUGUGCUUGGUGCACUCUACGCUUUGGUUCAGAAGGAGAAGAACACAAACAAUGAAAUCCUGGAAUCAAUAAAAAUCGAAUUGCAAGAAAAGGAAGUUGCAAUUAUCAUGAUGGAGAAAGACUUUGAGUCAAAGCUAUUAAUAGAACGGGAAGAACGAACCAAGCAACUCAAAGAGGCAAAAGAAGAACAGCUGGCUUUAAUGGAUCAACUAAAUUCAGCUAAUAGUACAAUUACCGGCUUAGGACGUGAACUUAAUAAUGAGAAGAGGUUAAUUGAGAAGCUUAAAGUUCAAAUAGACAGUCUUCAGAAUAACCUUUCGGAAGUCGGGGAAGAGAAAAGGUCUCUCAAACAAGAGCUGAAGGAAAAGCUCAAUUCCGUUGAUGUCCUACGAGAAAAAGUUAACUUGCUUGGUUCAGAACUUAAUGAUAAGGAAGUUAGUAUUCAAAAGCUCAGUACUUUACUUGCAGGAAAAGAAUCCGAGUUCAAGAACUUGAUCACUACCUACAAACAAACCGAGGAAGAACUUGGCAAAGCACAUUUGGAGAUCAGCAGUCUGAAAGAAGAAUUGCAGAGAAAUCGAAGUGAACUCGAAUCCGAAAGUUCUUUAGUUGAUGAAUUAAAUGCAAGGGUGAGUUCUUUAGUGGUUGAAAGAGAUAAUUCUAUGCGGGAGUUCGUUUCUCUUCAGGAGGAGUACAAUGAUUUGAAACUGUUGUCUGAAAAUAAGGCAGUGGCUGAUGCUAAGCUUUUGGGGGAAAGAGAAAAUGAAAUCCGGCUGCUAAAGGAAAAACUCGAGCUUGCUCUGAACGAUGUGAGUGAAAAUAAAACAAUUGCUGCUGAUUUGAACAAGGAAAAGGAAAGCCUGGAGCGAGCACUGGAGAUGGAAUUGCACGGUGGAAAGAACCUGAAAGAAGAACUCCUACUUGUUGAGGAAACUCUUUCAAAGUCCCGGAGUGAAGUUUCUUAUCUGUCUGAACAACUGAAGCAAUCGAGAAUCCAUUGUAAAGAGCUUGAGUCUGAUGUUUCAAGGGUUACGACCAAGUUUUAUGAAACUAAAGAAAGACUGCAAGCCAACCUUGAUGAGGCAAAACAAAACAGUGUAGUUCUGGCCAGUGAACUCACAACUACAAAAGAGCUUCUGAAGAAAACCUUGGAAGAGCGGCAAACUUUUUCUCGUGAGUUGACUUCCAUGACCGAAAACCGGAAUACCCUUCAAAGGGAAUUGAUAGAUGCUUAUAAAAGAGUAGAAGCCAUAUCCAGUGAUUUGAAAGAAGAGAAAAAGCAUGUUUCUUCAUUAAACCAGGAAAGACAGGCUUUAGAGAAUCAGAUUGUGAAAGACAAGGAAGCAAGAAAAUCACUCGAAACCAACCUGGAAGAGGCUACCAACUCACUCGAUGAAGUGAACCAAAAAAUAUUGAAACUUUCCAGAGAUCUGGAAAUCGCUAAUGCUAAAAUAUCGAGUCUCGAGGAUGAGAAAAUGGUUCUCUAUAAAACACUUACCGAGCAGAAGAAUGCAUCGAAAGAAGCUCGAGAAAACAUGGAAGAUGCUCAUAGCAUUGUGAUGACACUGAACAGGGAAAGGGAGAGUCUCGAAAAGCGAGUGAAGAAACUCAAGGAAGAAUUGGCUUCUGCUAAGGGUGAAAUAUUAAGGUUAAGAAGUCGAAUAAAUUCAUCCAAAGCUCCCGUAAAUGAUCAGCCGCAACAGAAAGAUGAAACCGAAACAAAAGUCACUGUAAGUGCAAGGAAAAGCAGAAGGAAAAAGGGUAGCUCACAGUGAGGCCAAGAACUCAUCUUUAAGUAGUGGUAGUCUGUAUUGUACUCGUAUUGGUUUUGGCACGGAACGGAAUGACGGCUUCUUCCAACUUCGAUCCUGGGUUCUAAUAAUCUUCUGACAAAAAAAUUCACAAUACCAUUUUCUAUUAGUACUGUAUAAAUCCGAAACCGAGGGAAGCAAAUGCAAAUUAAGGGAAUUUACUUUUGCAUAUAAA